AAAUUUUAGUAAUCUUCUCUCUUGUUUCAUUUGAAAUCCAUACAAGAAACGUUAAAUUUUUCUUCUUGUAAGAUCCAUUUCCAGUAAUCUUCUCUCUCGCUCGAGCAAAAGGUCAAAGAUGGAAGUGAUGAAAACGGUGCCGUUAACAACCAGCAACAAUGCGAAUGUCGGUGUCCCGCAGAAGACCAUAGAAGAGACCUACCAGAAGAAAAGCCAACUGGAGCACAUCCUGCUCCGACCCGACACUUAUAUCGGAUCGAUCGAGAAGCACACCCAGAGCCUCUGGGUCUACGAGGACGAAAAGAUGGUGCACCGCCAGGUGACCUAUGUUCCAGGCCUUUACAAGAUCUUCGAUGAGAUCUUGGUCAAUGCCGCUGACAACAAGCAGAGGGAUUCCACCAUGGAUUCCUUGAAGGUGGUGAUUGAUGUGGAAAACAAUUUGAUCAGUGUUUAUAACAAUGGCGAUGGGGUUCCGGUGGAGAUCCAUAAGGAGGAGGGCGUGUAUGUACCGGAGCUGAUUUUCGGGCACUUGUUAACUAGCAGUAACUAUGAUGAUACAGUGAAGAAGACUACCGGAGGGAGAAAUGGGUAUGGAGCCAAACUAACAAAUAUUUUCUCCACGGAGUUUGUUAUUGAGACUGCUGACGGGAAGCGGCAGAAGAAAUAUAAGCAGGUUUUCUCAAACAACAUGGGAAACAAAUCCGAGCCUUGCAUUAAAAAGUGCAAGGAGGGUGAGAAUUGGACCAAGGUCUCAUUUAAGCCCGAUUUAGCAAAAUUUAACAUGGCUACACUUGAAGACGAUGUGGUUGCUUUGAUGAAAAAGCGAGUUGUUGACAUGGCUGGCUGUCUUGGAAACACAGUGAAGGUUGAGCUAAAUGGGAAGCGGGUUCCUAUUAAAUCUUUCCAGGAUUAUGUUAAGUUGUACCUGGAUUCUGACUCAGAAUCGAAGGAGACCCCUAAAAGCUUCUAUCUAAAAGUAAGUGAAAGGUGGGAGAUAUGCGUGAGUGUUACUGAGGGGCAGUUCCAACAGGUUAGCUUUGUCAAUGGGAUUGCAACAAUCAAGGGUGGAACUCAUGUGGAUUACGUCACUAACCAGAUAGCUAACUAUCUAGUGGGUGUUGUAAAUAAAAAGCACAAGAACGCCAACAUCAAAGCGCACAAUGUGAAGAACUAUCUGUGGGUUUUUGUCAAUGCUCUCAUUGAUAAUCCUGCUUUUGAUUCUCAAACCAAGGAGACUCUGACCCUCCGCCAGAGCAAUUUUGGGUCCAAAUGUGAAAUUCCUGAAGAUUUUCUAAAGAAAGUAGCGAAGUCUGAUAUUGUGGAUAAUCUACUGUCGUGGGCGAAAUUCAAGCAGGACAAAGAACUCAAGAAAUCCGACGGAACAAAGAAAGGGAGAGUUAAUAUUCCAAAGCUGGAGGAUGCCAAUGAGGCUGGAACGAAAAACUCUCAUAAAUGUACAUUGAUUUUGACAGAAGGAGACUCUGCAAAGGCUCUUGCUAUAUCUGGUUUAGGUGCGCUGCCUCAAGAUAUUCGGGACCUGUAUGGUGUGUUUCCUUUGAGAGGUAAAUUACUCAAUGUACGGGAAGCCACCUCUAAACAACUUAAUGAGAAUAAGGAAAUCGAGAGUAUCAAGAAGAUUCUUGGGCUACAGCAAAACAAGCAAUACGAUAGUGUCAAGCCAUUGAGAUACGGUCAUCUGAUGAUUAUGACAGACCAGGAUUAUGAUGGCUCUCACAUUAAGGGCCUGCUGAUCAACUUCAUUUAUCAUUUCUGGCCAUCAUUACUGAAAAUUCCGUCUUUCUUACUGGAGUUUAUUACUCCUAUUGUGAAGGCAACUCAUAGCAGUGGGAAUGUUUUAUCCUUUUAUACCAUGCCUGAAUACUAUGCAUGGAAGGAAAGUUUGAUGGGGAAUGCAAGUGGCUGGACAAUCAAGUACUAUAAGGGGUUGGGAACAAAUGAUAAAAGAGAAGGAAAGGAAUACUUUAGAGAUAUUGAAAAGCACAAGAAAGAUUUUAUUUGGAUAGAUGACCAAGAUGGGAAUGCUAUAGAGCUUGCUUUCAGCAAGAAGAAGAUCGAAGAAAGGAAGAAUUGGCUUCGGCAGUAUCAGCCUGGCACUCACCUUGAUCAGAAAAUGAAGCUCAUAAAGUACAGCGACUUCAUUAACAAGGAGCUUAUUUUGUUCUCUGUGGCUGACGUCCAAAGAUCUAUUCCCUCUAUGAUUGAUGGUCUAAAACCAGCUCAGAGGAAGAUCCUUUUCAGCUGUUUCAAGAGGAAUUUGGUCAAAGAGAUCAAAGUUUCCCAGUUUCAAGGUUAUGUAUCUGAGAAGUCGGCUUACCACCAUGGUGAUCAAAGUCUUAAUGGUACAAUCAUCGGGAUGGCACAGAAUUUUAUUGGCAGUAAUAACAUCAACCUUCUUGCACCGAAAGGUCAAUUUGGCACACGUUGCAUGGGAGGCAAAGAUCAUGCUAGUGCAAGGUAUAUUUUUACUUGUCUUUCUCCAAUUACAAGGUUCCUGUUCCCCAAGGAUGAUGACAAACUUCUCGACUACUUAGAAGAAGAUGGUCUUACUAUUGAACCCACAUGGUAUGUUCCAAUUAUUCCACUUGUUCUCGUGAAUGGUUGUGAAGGAAUUGGCACGGGUUGGAGCACUUCUGUUCCUAAUUAUAAUCCAAGAGAUAUCGUUGCAAAUGUGAGGCGCUUGUUGAAUGGUGAACCAAUGGAACCUAUGCACCCUUGGUAUAGAGGGUUUAGAGGAACAAUUGAGAAAGGUGCAUCAAAGGAAAACGGGGCUACCUAUACAGUCAGUGGACUCAUAGAGGAAGUGAAUGAAACAACAGUCAGGAUCACAGAAUUGCCAAUCCGUAGGUGGACUGAUGAUUAUAAGGAAUUUCUGAAUUCUGUCGUAGAAGGUACUCGAGAUGAGAAGGGAAACUUACCCAAGGAUGCCUUCAUCAAGGAUUUUAAGAAAUAUGGAGAUGAUGCAAAUGUAUGUUUUGAAGUGCUAUUGUCAGAGGAGAAGAUGAAGGAAGCCAAGGAUGAGGGCUUACUUAAGAAAUUUAGAAUAACUACUUCAAUCAGCACAAGUAAUAUGCACCUUUUCGAUCAAAAAGGCAUGAUAAAGAAAUAUGGCAGCCCUGAAGAAAUUCUUGAGGAAUUUUUUCACUAUAGGUUUGCUUGUUAUGAGAAAAGAAAGACAUUAAAACUUGCUGAUCUGGAAAAGGAGUUGCUGAAAUUGGAAAAUAAAGUGAGGUUUAUCCUUGGGGUUGUGAAGGGGGAAAUUAUAGUGAGCAAUAGGAAGAGAGCUGAUCUGCUCCUGGAGCUACAACAGAAAGGAUUCACUCCUUUCCCAAAGAAUAUUUCUGCUGUGGUUGCUGGGGCAGUUGAUGAUGCAGAAGAACCAGAAGAGAGCAUAGAUGAAACGGAAGCAAACCCCAGGUCUGUACAGGCUAGUGACUACGAAUAUCUGCUGUCCAUGCCUAUUGGAACCUUGACCCUUGAGAAGGUUCAAAAGUUGUGUGAUGACAAGGAUAAAAUCAAUGAAGAAGUUGAAACCUUGAGAAAAACAACUCCCAAGGACCUGUGGAUGACAGACCUCGAUGCUUUUGAGAGCCAACUUGAAAAAUUUGAAGCCGAAGAAAGGGAGGAAAGACAGAAGUCAACAGGUGAAGUAAAAGGUCAAGGUGGUUUUAAGGUUUCAAAACAAGCACCAAAAAAUCCGAGAAAGUAUAACAAGACAGCCAAAAAUUUGGCAGAUGCAGAAACCAUGGGAAAAUCAUCCAGUUCUUCAAUGGAAACAGAAACCGUUUCUGAGGUAGUAAAACCAAGAGGAAGAGCAGGUUCAAAGAAUGCUCCUGCUAAAAAGCAAGAGAAACCCAUUCCUGUUUCAGAAGAUGAUGAUGAUGAAGUUGAAUCAUUGAAAGAUCGGCUUAAAGCAUAUAGACUCGAUUCUUCACCUGAACAUACCACAACCAUGGAUACCGAUGUAUCCCAAAUUCCUGCAAGGGAACCUACCAAAAGGGCUGCUGCAAACAAGAAAACUAUGACAGUGCUUUCAGACGAUUCUGAUAGUGAUAAUGAUGUAGACGCAAAUGAUGACUCUGAGGUAGAAAUGGUAGAAACAAAAAAGAAAGGAGGGAGAAAACCUGUCGCAAAUGCCAAAGCAGCAGCUAAACCCCCAGCAGCAGCAGCAGGCAUGAAGAAAAGAGGACCGGCUGGCAAGCAGUCUCAGGUAUUGAGCCAGAAGCUUCUGACAGAUAUGCUGAAGCCUGCAGAAAAUUCAGGAAUAUCACCAGAGAAGAAAGUAAGAAAAAUGAGGGCAUCUCCUUUCAACAAGAAGAGCAGUUCUGUUUUGGGCAGAGUGAACAUGGAAAAUGAGACCACAACAAGUGAAGAAAUCAUGGAAGUGCCAACAAGAGCUAGACCGCAAAGAGCAAACCGCAGGCAGACCAAGUAUGUGAUAAGUGACUCCGAGACUGAGAAUGAUGCUGACUUUGAUAGUGUCCAGGAGAGUGACGAUGACGACUUCAGUGAAGAUGAAGAGUAAGCUGCUGUUUUUCUCUUCAAUACAGCCCACUUAAGAUUAGAAAUGGGAAGCCUUUGAGCACUGCUUUUCUUUUAUCAGCUUGAUAAUUUGAAGCAUGUAGUGUUUGUUAGCUACUGUUGAAAUGUAUUAAAUUGCAUCGAUUACUGGAAUUCGAUUACUUUUCCUCCA